AUGGUGAAUGUCCUUCGUUGUGCCACAGAUUUCUUGGAGAAAUCGUACGACAGUAUGAACAACCCCAUCCAGCUUUGGAUCCCACCUACUAUGCCCGCAGCAGGUGAGCUCUUGCCAGACUUCAGCCUAGGUCAUUGCAUUGGCUUCACAAAGAGUCUGGCGAUGAAAGCUAUUUUGCUGGCAUGUUCUGAAGCUGCCUUGACUGAUACAGAACUUCAGUCGAUUCAGACACAAUUGCAGGCGUUGUUCGGCUUCAGGGCGACAGUGCACACGACAGGGAAUGCCAAGUUCGAUAGAUUCCGCGCGCUCCAGGACAAAUUUGCUGAAGCUGCAAGGCCAAGGCCAGAUCCCAUUCAAGUAUCCACAUUGCUCAUGGCACAAGCAAAGGAUGAGGGUCUUGUGUGGACCGAGUGUGCUUCUGCAAUGAUUCAAGAGUUCAAUGGAGGGUCAUCGAACGAAGCAAAGAGGCUUUCCGAAAUGGAAGCCAGUUUGGUGACAAUCUAUCCCACCUUGAGCAAAGACACACAAGAACUCAUCGAUUACCACUGGCAGCUGUACCCGCCACAGAGAUCUGCCAUUCCCUACAAGGCCGUAGCCGUCGAUGUUUUCUUCGCAGGUGCAAAGUUGAAGACUGGAGUGAAGUCGGAUCUCUGGCAAAGCAUCCUGCAGGCCGACAAUCGCAAGAGGCAUUGGUACAUCCGCAGGAAAGUGCAGAUGUUUCUCUUCAAGCUACAAGAUGCAAGACGACUGAGAAAGAAGAUCAACUUGACCACUGGUGCCUCUGCUUUGCGUGACCAGAAGGAUCCGGAGUCAGCCUGGGGAAUUUCCGCGAUUUUUGCACACUUCUUGCCCGAAAUGCAGAAGCUGGUCACCCCGACGCAGCUGGAAACAUUGCAGGUCAAGUUUGCUCGGGGCUACCUCGAUGCGGAGCUUCUGGAGAAGUUCCGAGUCAUGACCCCCAAAUUGCAAGUGCAAAACUUCCGCUUUUUGGCAGAUGUUGGUGUCAAGGUGCUGGCCUCAGUCUCGCAGUCCCAGAAUUCCGAGUCCGAGGCUGACCUGCAGUUGCAGAAGGCAGAGUUCGCAAAGGCAACUGCGAAAGUGAAAAAGGAGGUCAUGCAGUGGAACUCUUACCAGGAGAAAAAAGAUGAGUUUCAACGAACUGGAGUGACAAUUCAGGCGGAGAUCGCUGACAAGGAGAAAGACAGACAGCGAAAGGCCGUGGAGAAUUGCCAGGACGAGCUCUAUCCCAUUCGGGAAGUUCUGGAGCUUCCACAUGGAAUGACUUUUGCUGAGGCGUCCCUGCAAAAGUUCAAGGAUGAGCACAGAAUCCCGGAUGACAGCAUGUACCGUGUCUUUUGGAUGAACCCCACUGUGCUCGGGUACGACGCAGUUCGAGGUUGUGAGAUUGCUGUCGCAUCAGUGGCAACAGCUGUGGCAGAGGAGUACACAGAGUCCAGUGUUCUCGAAGCCACAGAGAAGAUCAAAGCAUUUCUCAAUGUACCAGAGCAUCGACUCAUUGUCCGAGAGUGUCUUCUGGCAUUUGAUCAAAAUUCCAUUCCUCCACAAUCUCAGCGGCCUGGCUUCCACAAGUUCUUCGUGGCAAUCUCAGAUUUGUCCAACAAAGAAGGGCAACUUUUCAGCCACUUUGCACAGAGCAGUUUGUGGAAAAGGCAGAUGCUGCCAAUAGUUAUCAAGAACACGGUGACCCCAGUGCCCAUGUUGGCCAUCAAGUCCAUGGUUGACCCUCGUCGGGGAUUCUCCUCAUCAAUGGCAACAUCAGACACAUCCAACAAGCCUGCUCGGAGAAAGCAGUGGAUUGCUGGCUACCCA